AUGCCCUUCUCAGCUUUGCCUGCGGAAAUUCUCAAUCGUAUCGUCUCCUUCGUCCCGGUGGCGUCACUGCCAUCUCUCUGUGUCGUCUGUCGGGCACUACAGGCUCCUGCUCAGGCUAAGCUCUAUUCGACCCUCCAGCUCGGACAGCCCAGCCAAGCCUUCCGCCUCUGUAGCACCCUCGUCGCACGGCCAAAUCUCGCUCACCUGGUCAAGACUGCCUGGUUCUUCCUAGAUCCACGCAGGACAAGCCACAGGGGAGCCCUCCCCCAACAAUACUGGCUCGCGGUCAAGGCAGCACUCACGCAGACAGCUGCGCUGGAGACACUCGUGCUAUUUGAUCCUACCUUUGGCACCACGUGGGUGUUGGACUUCGCGGACGCGCCAUUCCAGUUGACGGAGGCUAAGCUGAAGCUGCGCUGGGAUACCCACCUCGUGCGCUUUCUCGAGAGCCAGGUGCAGCUGAAGAACCUGCAGAUCCCCGACCACCCUGAGCCCGCGGACGCACCUGUCAUCUCUCCUAACGCCCUGCCGGCCCUCUGCCAAAUCGAAGCCUCCUCGUUCAUUGUGACUCAACUUGCGAACUGUCCAUUGACAAAUAUACAGACAGUAUUGAGCGCUCCGUCGGGGGAGACACUCCCGCGGCUCUUAGCCUGCCUUCCCAAGUGGCGGGGUCUGCGUUCACUCAAUAUCAUCGAUUUACCUGCUGGCCCUACAGCUGAGGAGUUUAAUUCAGAAACAGUCAAUCGGAUCGCAGACUCAGCGCCCAAUCUCGAACAUCUUGGCAUCCUCCCCCUGCCCUGUAUGAAGCGCAACGGCUUCCACCGUGCACUCACGCGCUUGUACAACCUGCGCACCCUCGAGCUCGACCUGGGCGCCUGGGUCCCGCAGCCAUCAAUUCACCUACAGCGUGCGCUAGUCAUGGAGAUGCACAUAUACCGCCCGACUCUGCAGCUUGUCGCUCUCUGGGCUGGCGGCGACCGUCGUUUCGACUGGUCCAUGGACGCAGAAACCGGCGAAUGGACAUAUUAUCCGCAUCAGAAUGGCAUGGACGUUCUGUGGCGGCGCGCGUAG